AUGGCCGAUUCAGGCGACUGGACCUGCGAUGCUAACGAUGCAAUCCAACUCACCUUAGUCAAACCAGGAGAACAAAAGCCAACCACGGCAGAGAUUUUUCACCCCCAAUUCACAUACCCAAUCUUCGGCGAUGAAGAACAGAUAUUCGGCUACAAAGGUCUCAUCAUCAGAUUGCGCUUUGCGACACAUGAUUUACGCACUCAUGUUCACAUUUCGUUUGAUGAGAAAUUCAAGGCUGUGGGAGAUGCCGCUGCGGUGGAUUUGAACAAGACUUUGAGAGAAUGGGUGUCGGAAUCCGCCUUUACGAAAUUGUCCGAUUACGAGAAUUCUGUUCAGAAUGACCCUAAAGCAAAAGACUUCACACCGCCAGGCAAACUCGUUCAUUCGUACAAAUCGAAAAACAGAAAUUAUGAGAUCUGGGCCGGAUCGCUUGCGGAUGAUGCUGUGCGCAACCUUCUGGGACGAGCGCAGGUCUUUAUCCCAUUCUUCAUUGAAGGAGGAACUCCGUUAAUUCUUGACGACCCUGAAUGGACCUUGGAGAGAUGGACCGUUUAUUUUGUCUACGAGAAAACCACACCUACCACGCCAACAGAGUCACAGUACUCAUUUGUCGGAUAUUCAACUGUAUACCGGUGGUGGUUCUUUCCAGAACAACAUGGCGAUAAAGUCGUCAAAAACGACACCUUCCCAUACCCCGAAGAACUACGAUUUUCACAACUUCCAUCCCGUUCCCGCAUCGCACAAUUCCUCAUCCUACCACCACACCAAGGCUCCGGCCACGGCUCCCAACUAUACAAUGUCAUCCACAAAGCUUGCAUAGCCGACAAGACCGUCGUAGAACUGACUGUCGAGGACCCCAACGAAUCUUUCGACGUCCUCCGCGACUCUGCGGAUUACCACAAUCUCUACCACGCCUUCCUCGACGAGGACAUCAACAUCAACCCAAACCCUUACGCAGAUCUCAAGGUGUCUGGCAAACGCCGACCACGCAACAUGCCCACAUCCUCCCUGAUCCCAACACAAAAACUCGCCGAGAUUCGCACAAAAUACAAGAUCGCGCCUACCCAAUUCGCACAUAUCCUCGAAAUGUAUCUCCUGUCUAGGAUCCCAUCCCGCAAACGUGGAGGCACAAACAUGGUGCGCUUACUCAUCAAAAAACACAAUGCCGCAGACGAGGAUGAUAGACGCUACUACUGGUGGCGCAUGCUCGUCAAACAGCGCCUCUACAAACGCUCGCGCGACAUUUUGAUCCAACUCGAACUCCAAGACCGAAUCCAGAAGUUAGAUGAAACCGUCACGAAUGUGGAAGAAGGGUAUGAUCAGUUGUUGACUGUGUUUGAUGCUCGAGAGAAAGGUAGAGCAACGUUUGCGCCGGAUGUGGACUCGGAUGCUGAUGCUGUCAUUACAGCAGGAGGGAUUACUACUAUGCAUGCGUUGCGGGCGAAGCGGAAGUAUGCUAUUGAAGAUGAGGAUGAGGAUGAGGAGGAUGAUGAUGUUGAGUUGAUUGAGGCGGGCCAAGCGGCAAAGAGGCCUAAAAUCUAG